AUUGAAAAUUGACAUCUCAACCGCAUAACCUUGGAUUCAUUUCAUUUUCUCUCUCUCUGAAACACAGAGCAGGAGCUGGAAGCUCUUACAUCUAUGUAUGUACGUUUAAGAGAUGUGUAUGUCGGCAGUCAUAUUGGUCCCACUUGAAGAAAAGUAAUCAAAUCCCUGCCUCCAAUCAGUCCCAUGUGCCCAGCUUCAUCACCUCCUGCUGGCACUCUCCCUUUGAACUCAAAAUGUGCUGAACUAAAUCAAAUAGUUUCUGAUUCUGUCACUCUACGUCUCUUUUGGCUCUGAAGGGUGCCUACCAAGUUGGUCUUGCAAUGGACCCUGCAACUCUUCUUGAUCACGCUCUCUUCCAACUCACUCCCACCAGAACCAGGUGUGAUCUGGUGAUUUAUACGGGUAAUGUGAGUGAAAAAUUGGCUUCUGGGCUUUUGGAGCCAUUUGUUUCUCAUCUGAAAUGCGCUAAGGAUCAGAUUUCUGAAGGAGGGUACUCCAUCACUCUACGCCCAGUGGGCUCACAUGCCUCCUGGUUCACCAAAGCCACUCUUCUAAGAUUUGUGAGAUUUGUCAGCACACCAGAACUUCUCGAGAGAUUUGUGACCAUUGAGAGAGAGAUAGAUCAAAUUGAGAGUUCAGUCCAAUCAAAUGAGCUGUCAAACACAUUAGAGGCAGAAGCUGCUGGUGGGAACUUCCAGAAGUCAUCUGCAUCAUUCAAGCAGAAUGGUGAGUCCAACGGAACUGAUGAUGCCACACAAGAAGAAAAUUUCAAGGUUCGUCUUCAACGAGUUCUGGAAAGUAGGAAGGCAGUUCUCCGCAAAGAACAAGCCAUGGCCUAUGCCCGUGCUUUGGCUGCUGGAUUUGAACUGGACUGCAUGGAUCUCAUAUCCUUUUCAGAUGCUUUUGGAGCUUCACGUUUGAGGGAAGCAUGCAUCAAUUUCAUGGAAUUAUGCAAGAAAAAGAAUCAAGAUAGGCUUUGGAUGGAUGAAAUAGCUGCAAUUCAGGCGUUUGCAAGGCCUGAGUUUCCGUAUCUUGCAACAUCUGGAGUUGUACUUUCUGGCGAAGAAAAUGACCCUACUCUGUUAAAUGCUUCUGACUCAAUUACGAGUCUUGGAAGCUCAGAUGCAAAACAAGGUAGAUUCAAGUAUCAAGUUUCUUCUCGUCUGCAAAUAGUCUUUUGAUCUUUACCAUUGUGCAUGGAA